UAACUUGCACCUCUAACACUGUUCGUUGAUUAUCAAUCAACGACAAUGAAGUACAUAGGUUCAUCCCAAUCAGGGAGACAAAGGCCGCUCUCGGACUUGGAUACAAAGCGUUUCGCAAGUACGCUCAUUAAGGUCGUGUCCAGACUUACAAAGACUCCGCAAGAACUGAAUGUUUUCUAAACAGGGCUGCUCUGUACUUGCUGGCGUCCGUCCUUCUCCUCCAUCGCAGCCCAGCCAAAUUGACAUAUACUGUCGAGUCAGUUCCAAAAUGCAGUCAGACGACCUCGCAGCAAAGUAUCCUUCCUAAACUGUUAUUUCAGAUAGCGGUUCGGGAAUUAACUUUAAGAGGAACAGUCUUGAAACAAUUUUAGGCGCUUAAGUUUUCUCGCUUUUCUUCUUGUGUCAUAACAACAACAACAACAACAACAACAGCAAGGGAAUCUCCGUUAACUGACGUAUAAAGAUGGUGGAACUUGGUAGAAUUAUCCGAUUAGGCACUUUCUUAACUGUCCUGAUUGUCCAUACUGCAACCGCCGUGGGUGGCGAUGACGGUGACUGUGAUGAUGACGAUUACUAUGUGGACUCAGAGCUUUGUGACAGCUACUAUGAAAUAUCACCACGCAUCGACAUGAGUUCAUGUGUAUGAAGAUACCUUUUGAAACAAAAUGAUAUCCUCAUAUUUGAUGCCACUGGACGACUAUGAUACUAACACGUUUGCAACAGAAACAGC